CCCUAAUUAAAUCGAGCACGGAGGAAGGAAACGGCUCCUCGUUUCUACGCCGUCAGCCGGUGCCGGCUUUUUCAGACUUCCCUCACCCGGGGUUCAUGGCUCCUGCGUCGCGGAUCGCCGACCUGAAGCAAGCCGGGAACGAACAGUUCCGCAAUGGGCAAUACGGCCAGGCGGCUGCGCUCUACGGCCGAGCUCUGGAAUUGCUGGAAGCGGCAGGGGAUGUGAAUACAGAAGAAAAAAGUGUUCUCUAUUCCAAUCGUGCUGCCUGCUAUUUGAAAGAUGGGAACUGUAGUCUUUGCAUUAAGGAUUGUUCUGCUGCUCUGGAUCUGGUCCCUUUUGGAAUCAAACCUUUGCUGAGGCGUGCAGCAGCCUAUGAAGCUCUUGAGCGAUACCAUUUAGCUUAUGUGGACUACAAAACUGUAUUACAGAUUGAUUGCACUGUACAGGCUGCACAUGAUGGAGUCAAUAGAAUGACAAAGGCUUUAUUGGAAAAAGAUGGUCUUCAAUGGCGCCAAAAGUUACCCCCCAUCCCAACUGUUCCUGUUUCUGCUCAGAGAAAGUGGGGGCCUCCUACUGGAAACCAGGAAGCUGCUCCAAGAGGCAAAGCAAGUAAUUCUGUUCCUGUAACAAAGCAAGUGCCUACAGCUGCCUCAACUGAACAAGCAAAUACACUGAAACUAGAAGGAAAUGAAUUUGUGAAGAAGAGCAACUAUAAGAAAGCUAUUGAAAAAUACACAGAGAGCAUAAAACUUCACAAGAUGGAAUGCACAACUUACACUAACAGGGCUCUUUGUUACCUGAAUCUGAAGCAGUACAAAGAAGCUAUUAUGGAUUGCUCAGAAGCCCUUAAAAUAGACCCAAAGAAUGUCAAGGCAUUUUAUAGACGAGCACAAGCAUAUAAAGAGCUUAAGGACUAUAAAUCCAGUAAGGCAGAUAUCAACAGCCUCUUGAAGAUUGAACCAGAGAACAGCGCUGCUAAGAAACUACAACAAGAAUUAAACAAGCUCUUAAAAUAAGAUACCUAAAGAGAACUUUGUGCUGUUCUGAUUUCCUUGUUUAAAAAAAGAUUUCCAGGAUGCAGUUGCAAAAUCCUUCUAGACCUGCUGAUGUGAUGUUCCUUUCUCUGGUUCCUUCCCUUAUAAAAAGUGUUCAUUCUUCCUCCUGCAGUCUUCUAAAAGUUCUGUGUUAUUUUUUGAGAUCUGCAGCUUUCUGGCAAAUUACUUAGAAGCGGGAUGAUGCUGCAAGCAUCUCUUCUAGAGAAUUGUUUUUACUUAGAACACUAUUUGUCCAAUGUAUUUCCAGUGUGCUUGCAGAGACAGAACUAUUAUAGUGGCUGAUUGAUUAAAGUCUUGGCAUAAUAAACUGGCAGUAAGACUUUCCAGAAUAGAUCCUGCUUUGCCUUAACUUUUAUGGACUAGGCUUUGGUGGAGCAUUUUGGUCUUCAGCGUGUUAUGUGGAAAUCUAAAAAUGCUUUUGUCCUUUACCAAAGAAUUUGGCAUGUUGUUCUUUCUUCAUUCUGUGUGUACCUUUUAGCAGUUUACCUUUUAGAGUUCUUGAUUAAGCUUAAUUUCAUGUUCUCUGAAGUUAAAUACAUGUUUGGAAUAUGUUACGUCUUUUCCAAAGAUACUUUUUCAUUUUAACCUUGUAAGCUAAAGUUCAUGUCAUGGUGGAGGAGGGAAAAGAUGAUCAGUUUCAAGUGGGACAGUCUCAGGCAAAGGGGCUGCUCCUACCUGUAUAUUUGCCUACAGUUGCUUAUCUAAAACCUAGAUUCUUUCAGGCAGCAGAUACAGAAAAAAAACUCCGAAUGGCGAUAAAAAAAACCACCUCUGUAGAGAGGAAUGAGUCAUGCACGUUGGACAGCUCACAGUAUCUCUCGCAUUCGCCAUGUCUAGAUGGGUCUGUUGGGCAGUUUUAUUUGGCAACAUCUGGGUGACUUCACAUUUUCCUAUCCUGCUUUAGAGAAUUAGAUUGUAGGAGAGAAAACACUUCUGUUUAGUAUUCAGCCUACUGUGUUGAUAAUCUACUUGAGUGGAAGGAGAACUGAACUUCCACUUGCUAUUUGGUAAUAUUGCUAUCCAAGAUUUACCAAUUUGUCACCUUUUUUAAAAAAAAAUCCUUACAUCUUUUACAGUACCUAUACAGCUGUUGCUAUUCCAGUUAUGCUGCCUCUGCAGCUUUUCCAAGGUGGGCCUGCAGGGACCCACUUAGGGCAUUGCUACUUCUUGCCUUAGUGAGAAGAGAGCUUUGUAUGCUGCCUCUUACCACAGACCUGCAGGGUAGAGACUAUGCACCAAGCAUUUGGAGAAGGUCCACUGUCAAUUUUGCACUGUGAAGUAUCAUUUGUCUCUGAAAAUUUUAGAGAGAGAAAGUCUUUCUUUGGGCCUUGUUGCAAGGAAUAAAGCUUGAUUCUUAUUGUAGAGUAUCUAUCAAGUUAUCCUGUUAUUUCAAACUUUCAAAAUAAACAAGCUGUUAUUUUA